UCCACCUCGAAUACCCUGAAGCCUAUAUCGUGCGGGAAAUAGGCAGAAUGAGGCAUUUGAUGAGACAAAGCAUUGUGACUCAGACAGGCUGACGUAAACGGCAUAUGAUAUCAUCUGCAGCGUUAUCUUGGGGUUUCCGACGCAUACCUCAAGGCCUAGAGAGCGACUGUUUGAUCCGCUCGAUGCGACGUACCCGACCUAAGUGCAAUACUUUGGCGAGGCGAUGGUGGGUGGUGUUUUUACUGGUAACUACGGUGUAUGGGACGCAAAAGGACAGGCGUUGGGAAUCGGACCUGAGUUGGACCGGCUGGGCUUUACUGUUUCGUGCUUCUCUUGUUUGUUAGGUCCCUUGAAGGCGAUGUCUUUCAAUUGAAUACAUAACUUACCUUACGCUUGUAUCAAUUCUAUAGUCGCACACG